AUGUACUUCUGUCCCUUCUGCGGCACGCUGCUGCUGAUUGAGCCGCAUCAUCCGACCAACCGGUUUGUCUGCUCUAGCUGCACGUAUGUGGCGCCCAUCCUCUCCGCACAGCCGCUCACGGUGAACCACUCCCUGCUCAAGUUCAACAAGGCGGUGGAGGAGGACACCGACGUCAAGACCGAGGGGGAAACGUUAGAUGCUGGACAAGUCAUUACUGUGCGAUGCCAGAAUGAUGAGAAGGCCUGCGAUGGCACUCGGGCGCAUUAUGUGCAAAUACAAAUGCGCUCUGCAGAUGAGCCGGCGACAACCUUUUUCAGGUGUCUGAAGUGUGGAUUUCAGUGGAGGCAGGAUUAA